AUGGCUGUGGUCAACAUAUCGCAACUCUUCCUCAACUCAGAAUCAAUAACUCCAGACACUCUGCGGGAUUUAUACUCGGAUAUGGAAAUUCCAAAGCUCGUACACGAUUCAGAAGACGGUUUUCCCCAAAAGGAAAAAAGUAUCUGUCCCGUAAGGAAGAGCUCCAGCUUUGACCGCAACGAGUUGAUGCGAACGCCUGAGGCUGAGCCUCGAGAAUUUGUUUACGUCUACAGCUACAGCGAGAACCGAACACGACGGAUGAAGAAGCGUGAACUCUUGAAAAAGCUUGGAGAUCAAGAAUAUGACCAAGCAAAAAUUCCAUACUCGAUAGGCAGCAUACCCAUAUGUACAGGCAAUGAUGGUUUGGGAGGAGGAGAGACUGUUGUUGCCAGAGUACACGUCAAUACAGCAUUGCGACUACAGAGAUGGCUUGGGAUGCAGAAGCGACUAUACAUCGUAGAUGCCAUCAAGCUGUGA